AUGGAUGUGAAAUCUCAAGUACUUGAUGUUCUAAAGAUGGAAAAUCAGAAUGAUCACUUUGAUUGGUUGUAUUCUGAAGAAGAAUACCCUCCUUCCACCUUCGGAACAUGGCAACGAGAUUCAAGAUUGUCCAAUGGAGGCUUAUUGAACUUUGAAUUUGAUCCAUUUCAAUUACCCAAUGAUCUCAAAAACAACCACUUGCCAUAUUUUGGGCUUGAAGAGUUUGAAGAAAUAUGCCAAGAUUUGGGCUCAUUUGACUUGAAAUUACUACCAUCUCCAUUUCAAGAAGACAAUAAUACCCUCAUUAUUCAUGAUGCAAAUUUCAAUGCCAUGCCUCUGAACGUGGCACAUGACCUUUUAGGCGAAUCUCAUGUUACUACUCCUGCUUUUUAUGAAAUUCGUGGUGAUUCGAUGGAUAUUAUUCAGAAGCGGAAUAAUAAUAGGAGGCAUAAGAAGAGCGAUACGUUGGAAUUGGAAGAAAUACAAAGGUAUUUUCAUGUACCAAUAACAAAAGCAGCAAAAGAGUUGAGAGUUGGAUUGACAGUGUUGAAGAAAAGAUGUAGGGAACUUAAUAUAAUGAGAUGGCCUCAUCGUAAACUUAAGAGCUUGCAAACUCUAAUUCAUAGCGUUAAGGAAAUGGGACUUACAAGUGAGGUGGAAAUGCUGGAAGAGCAUCAAAGGAUGGUUGAGAGAGUGCCUGAAAUGGAACUAACUGAUAGAACAAAGAAGCUAAGACAAGCAUGUUUCAAGGCUAAUUACAAGAAAAGAAGGGCUUCCAUGGCAAUGGCUGCUGAUUUUUAUUAA